AUGGAAAAAAUGUACGCCGAGGCAACACGUGCUAACCGAACUGCGUCUCCCUCUAUAGCCCCGGGCGCACCCGGUGAAAAGGGAGCUCCGUCUAUCCAACCUGGCGAUCGCGAGCCCAUUCCCAACGAUGGAGGAAUGGAUUACAGCUUGCGGGAUAACGAUAUGAGAAAGCAUCUCACUGAAAAGAAGAAGAGAGCAUCUCGGGAGCCGGAAGACUCUCUUUCCUACUCCCGAAAAUUCUCCAACUCGAACCUAAAGGCUCAAUCAAAAUACAAACCUCUAGCACCAGAAGCUAUGAUCACUAGGGAAGAGUUCGACCUGAUGAAGCACAAGUUCGGUGAGCAGGUUGAGGCGCUUAAGGCCAGGUGCGAGAAGAAAGAAUGUUCGUUCGACAAUGGCGACUUGGGAGAAUCGCCAUUCACCCCGGACAUCCUGGAGGCUCCAAUCCCUCCGAAGUUCAAGACUCCUACCAUGAAGCCCUAUGAUGGGAUUGCAGCCUUGAAUAGGUUCGUGUCGAGAUCAACGGACAAGUGCCUUCCAUUCUUCAAAGUUCUUAGGGAGAAGGGACCGUUCGAAUGGACGGAAGAGUGUGAGCAAGCGCUAGGGCAGUUAAAAGACUAUCUCUGCUCGGCACCUCCACUCGCAAAGCCAUUACCAGGGGAAAAACUCCAUUUGUACCUGGCGGUAUCUGCUAGCGCUGUCAUCUCGGCACUGGUCAAGCAGGAGGGUGCGAGCCAGAGCCCCAUUUAUUACACCAGUAAGGCCAUGACCGAGGCCGAGACCAGAUAUCCCCAAAUGGAGAAGCUGGCCCUCGCUUUAGUUACCGCGGCCGAAGACUUAGGCCGUACUUCCAAGCGCACACGACUUAGGCCGUACUUCCAAGCGCACACGGUCGUAGUACUUACAAACUUGCCCCUGAAGAAUAUCUUCCUUAAGGCUGAAACAUCAGGGCGUCUGAUGAAGUGGGCAUUGGAAUUGAGCGAGUACGACAUCCAGUUCGAGCACAGAACUGCGAUGAAAAGGCAAGCAGUAGCCGAUUUUAUCGCAGAGCUCACUCCACCACCUCAGUCGGUCAAUUCCGACCUCCCGUGGACGAUCUUCGUUGAUGGAUCUUCUAACGAGAGGGGGUGCGAGGUAGGAAUCCUCUUGCUCGCACCAGGAGGUGAGCGAUUCGAAUAUGCUCUGCAGUUCAACUUUCGGACGUCAAAUAAUGAGGCCGAGUACGAAGCACUCCUAGCAGGCCUGCGCGUUGCCAAAGGACUGGGGGCCAGUCACAUUAAGGUCUUCAGUGACUCCCAGCUAAUCGUGAAUCAGAUUAAGGAGGAGUACCAAACAAAGGACCCCCGAAUGGAAAAGUAUCUAAGCAAGGUCAGAUUGUACCUCGCUCAUUUCGGGACUUACGAGGUAAGUCAAGUUCCAAGAUCUGAAAACUCUAAUGCGGAUGCCUUAGCUAAAUUGGCAUCAGCGUACGAGAUCGACCUGGCUAGAUCGGUCCCGGUCGAGAUCUUGGACACUCCUUCAAUCUUGGAGCCAGAUGUGAUGGAGGUUGAUACUCCAUCACCCACUUGGAUGGACCCAAUCGUGGAGUUCAUCAAAGGAAACCCACCGCAAGAUCCGAAGGAGCAAAAGAAGAUGGCGCGAAGAGCGGAUCGGUUCACGCUCCGAGAAGGAAUGUUGUACCGACGUGGCUUCUCUCUGCCCCUCCUCAAGUAUGUGACUCCCGAAGAAGGCCUUUACAUUCUUAGGGAAGUUCAUGAAGGGGAUGCAAAGCAGUUUGUGAAAGCUUGUGACAACUGCCAGUGUUUCGCAAGCAUUAUUCAUCAACCUCCCGAACUGCUCACCCUCAUCUCGGCCCCAUGGCCAUUUGCGCAAUGGGGGGUAGACAUCAUAGGUCCUUGUCCUCUUGGCAAAGGACAAACAAAGUGGGUCGAAGCCGAGGCACUAUCCCACAUCACAGAGUCCAGGGUCACGUCGUUCAUAUGGACAAACAUCGUGUGCCGCUUUGGCAUACCUAAUGCUAUUGUGACGAACAACGAAAAACAGUUUGACAAUGCAAAGUUCAAGGACUUUUGCAGAAAACUGGGUAUAAGCCACCUCAGUUCGUCCCCUGCGCAUCCAAAAGCGAAUGGGCAGGUUGAAGCAGUAAACAAGAUCAUAAAGUGA